AUAAUUAGCGAAUCCAGGACGUGUUUGAAAGGACACGUCCGUCUAGUCGUUUCAUUUAAUACUGUCACUGUUCCCACAAGUUAGCAACUAUUUAAAAUGCUGGGGUUAAUUUUAAUAGUUGCGUUUUUUUGUGAAGCAUGGAGAACUCCUGUGGAUACAUUGAACGCCACUGAUAUCCAGAAUGAUGAAGGAUACUCCUCAAAUAUUGGACAACCUCAUCUGGUUAAGACAAGUGAAACACUGCUGGAUCUUGAGGGAGACUAUGCUGUAAAUGAGGGGGAUAUCAUAAUACCAACUGACAGGAACGCAGUAAGUUCACUAUGGGCCGAGCAGAAUGGGAAUGUGUCAGUGCCUUAUGAAAUUGAUUCUGUUAUUGAAAACAGGACUGAAGACAUUCUUGAUGCCUUAAAUAUGAUCUCCGAGAAGACCUGCAUCAGAUUCCAUCCACAUAAUAAUGAAACAGACUAUUUGCACUUUAUAUAUGCAGAUGGGUGUGCAUCUUACGUCGGAUGUAGAGGGGGUGAGCAGCCUCUUCUGACUGGGCCAAAAUGUACAGUUGGGAACAUCUGCCACGAGAUCUUUCAUUCCCUCGGCUUUUACCAUGAGCAUUCCCGCUAUGACCGUGGUGAUCAUAUCACUGUACUUGAUGAAAACAUUGUCUCUGGGAAAGAGGGAAAUUUUUUGAAGAAAAAGGGAAACACACUUGGUCUGAAGUAUGACCUGGAUUCAAUUUUGCAUUAUGGAAGUAACUAUUUCUCUCGCAAUGGACAACCCACAAUUCAGCCCAAAGAGAGCAAUAUAACUAUUGGCCAGAGGACUCACUUGUCUGAUCUGGAUGUGCAAAGGAUCAGGAAGCUCUACCACUGUGAUGAGACAAAAUCAGGAUCAAGCUAAAUCUUGUCCAACCUCACAGCUGAUCUGACUGGAUUUUUUUUGUAUGGAUACUUGAUGACAGGAAUUCUGAAUCUAAGAGGAAAAAAAUAAAUGUCUGAUCAAAAUAUGUAUGGGUCAUUCUGAAUUUGUCAAUGUUGUCUGAUUUGAAAUAAAUUAAUUUACAGA